GUGAAAGUGUUUCUCUUUCAGCCUCGGCGCCAUUUUGUUGCUUUUCGGAGAAAUUAAUAAAAAUAAAGAAAAACUCCAACUCCAGGCAGAACCGGUGAGAUUAAUGAAGCCCAGCAUGGAGUGCUGAGUAAAAGAGUGAAAUUAAUUCCAGCAGAAGGCAUCCGCAUCUUCAGGAAUCAGCAGUGAGUCCAUGAGCUGUGUGUGUCCAUACACUCAUAUUCAAAAAUGGAGAGCUGUGAUCUGGACACAGAUAAUGUGACCCCACCCUCAGAAAAGUGGACUGAAAUUAAUUCCAGCAGAAGGCAUCCACAUCUUCAGGAAUCAGCAGUGAGUCCAUGAGCUGUGUGUGUCCAUACACUAAUAUUCAAAAAUGGAGAGCUGUGAUCUGGACACAGAAAAUGUGACCCCACCCUCAGAAAAGCGUGAACUCAAGAGAAAGAGAUCAGACUCACCAGAACCCAGCUGUGUCUCCAUGAAGAGUGAUGCGUCUAUGGGUCAUCCUGAGCACUUUAAAAGUGGAGACCCCUCACCUAUAGACAGUGAACUCAAGAGAAAGAGAUCAGACUCACCAGAACCCAGCUGUGUCUCCAUGAAGAGUGAUGCGUCUAUGGGUCAUCCUUUUAACUUUAAAAGUGGAACCCCCUCACCUGUACACAGUGUUUUACAGAAUGCAGGAGACAGAAUAGAAAAGAUCUUCACAGAUACAGGACACGCCCCAGAAUCUGCUGCUGGAAAUGAAGUCCAGAAAAAGUUCAGAUUAAAUCUGAUGAAGAAGUUUCAGUGUUUAAAUGGAGUGAUAAUAAAGCAGGAAAACCGAGUGCUCCUGAAUGAGAUCUACACAGAGCUGUACAUCACAGAGGGAGACAGUGGAGAUGUCAAUAAAGAACAUGAGGUGAGACAGAUCGAGGCAGUGUCCAGGAGAAAAACAACAGAGGAAACACCAAUCAAAUGCAACGACAUCUUCAAGCCCUUAUCUGAAGAAGACAAACCCAUCAGAACUGUAGUGACAAAGGGAGUGGCUGGUAUCGGAAAAACAGUCUCUGUGCAGAAGUUCAUUGUGGACUGGGCUGAAGGGAAAGCAAAUCAGGACAUCUCCCUCAUAUUUCCACUUCCUUUCAGAGAGCUGAAUCUGAUGAAGGACCAAAAACUGAGUCUGAUGGAGCUCCUUGAUAUCUGUUUUAAGGAAACAAAAGAAACAGAAAUGUCCAGUUUGGAAAAGGUUCUGUUCAUUUUUGAUGGAUUGGAUGAGUGUCGUUUCCCUCUGGAUUUCCAGAACACAGUGAGAGUGUGUGAUGUAACCGAAUCAGCAUCGGUGCAUGUGCUGCUGAUAAACCUGAUCAAAGGGAAUCUGCUUCCCUCUGCUUUCAUCUGGAUCACCUUCCGACCAGCAACAGCUGAUCAAAUCCCCUCUGAGUACGUCCAUCGAGUCACAGAGGUACGAGGGUUCAAUGACCCACAGAAGGAAGAGUACUUCAGGAAGAGGGUCAGUGAUCAGAGCCUGGCCGAGAACAUCAUCACACACCUGAAGUCAUUAAGAACUCUCUACAUCAUGUGUCACAUCCCAGUCUUCUGCUGGAUUUCAGCCGCUGUUCUAGAGAGAAUGUUGGGUGAAGCAGAGAGUGGAGAGAUCCCCAAGACUCUGACUCAAAUGUACACACACUUCCUCAUCAUUCAGACAAACAUCAUCAGAAGAAAGUAUUCAAAGAAGCAGGAGAGUGAUGAUGAAAUGCUUCUCAAACUGGGAAAACUGGCUUUUCAGCAGCUGGAGAAAGGCAACCUGAUCUUCUAUGAGGAAGACCUGAGAGAGUGUGGCAUUGAUGUGACAGAAGCAGCAGUGUACUCAGGUGUGUGUACGCAGAUCUUCAGAGAGGAGGUUGGGCUUCACCAGAGUAAAGUGUACUGCUUUGUUCAUCUGAGCGUUCAGGAGCAUCUCGCAGCUCUGUAUGUGCAUCUGACCUUCAUGAAGGAAAAGAGAAAUGUUCUUGAUCAGAGUCAGUCCUUUAAGACAAUUUCAGGUGUACACAGUAGUGCUGUAGAUCAGACCUUAAAAAGUCAGACUGGACAUCUGGAUCUGUUCCUCCGCUUUCUACUAGGUAUCUCACUGGAGUCCAAUCUGAAACUCUUGCAUGCCUUAGUUACACAGAAAGGAAGUAGCUCCUGGACAGGAAAUAGCAGAACAGUUCGGUACAUUAAGGAGAAGAUCAGUGAAGAUCUUCCUGCAGAAAAAUCCAUCAAUCUGUUCCACUGUCUGAAUGAACUGGGUGACGAUUCUCUAGUGGAGGAAAUCCAACAGUACCUGAAAUCUGGAAAACAAAGUGAACUCUCUCCUUCACAGUGGUCUGCUCUGGUGUUUGUGUUACUGACUUCAGCACAGGAGCUGGAGGAGUUUGACCUGAGUAAAUAUACCAGUACAGAGAAGAUACCAGAUUGGGUUCUUGUGAAGGUGAUGCCUGUGAUUGCAGCAUCCAGAAAAGCAAUGAUCAGUUGUGAUACAAUUAAAGGGAGAAGCGCUGAAGCUCUGGUUUCAGUGCUCAACUCCGAAACCUCCAGUCUGAGAGAACUGCAUCUGACUGUGAAGACACUGGAUCUGACUGGGAAUAAACUAGGAGACUCAGGAGUGAAGCGUCUCUAUGCUAUACUGGAGAAUCCUCACUGUAAAGUGGAGACACUGAGGAUCAGUUGUGAUACAAUUAAAGGGAGAAGCGCUGAAGCUCUGGUCUCAGCACUCAACUCAGAAACCUCCAGUCUGAGAGAACUGCAUCUGACUGUGAAGACACUGGAUCUGACUGGGAAUAAACUAGAAGACUCAGGAGUGAAGCGUCUCUGUGCUGUACUGGAGAAUCCUCACUGUAAACUAGAGACACUGAGGUUGUGUGGUUGUGGUGUCUCAGAUGAAGGCUGUGCUGCUCUGAGUUCAGCUCUGAGCUCAAACCCCUCACACCUGAGAAACCUGGAUCUGACUAAUAAUAAUCUGGGAGACUCAGGAGUGAAGCGUCUCUGUGCUGUACUGGAGAAUCCUCACUGUAAACUGGAGAUACUGGGGUUGGAUGGUUGUGGUGUCUCAGAUGAAGGCUGUGCUGCUCUGAGUUCAGCUCUGAGAUCAAACCCCUCACACCUGAGAGAACUGGAUCUGGAUAAUAAUAAUCUGGGAGACUCAGGAGUGAAGCGUCUCUGUGCUAUACUGGAGAAUCCUCACUGUAAACUGGAGAUACUGGGGUUGUGUGGUUGUGGUGUCUCAGAUGAAGGCUGUGCUGCUCUGAGUUCAGCUCUGAGAUCAAACCCCUCACACCUGAGAGAAUUGGAUCUGGAUAAUAAUAAUCUGGGAGACUCAGGAGUGAAGCGUCUCUGUGCUGUACUGGAGAAUCCUCACUGUAAACUGGAGAUACUGGGGUUGUGUGGUUGUGGUGUCUCAGAUGAAGGCUGUGCUGCUCUGAGUUCAGCUCUGAGAUCAAACCCCUCACACCUGAGAGAACUGGAUCUGUCUCAUAAUAAUCUGGGAGACUCAGGAGUGAAGCGUCUCUGUGCUGGACUGGAGAAUCCUCACUGUAAACUGGAGAUACUGGGGAUCAGUUGUGAUACAAUUAAAGGGAGAAGCGCUGAAGCUCUGGUCUCAGCACUCAACUCCGAAACCUCCAGUCUGAGAGAACUGCAUCUGACUGUGAAGACACUGGAUCUGACUGGGAAUAAACUAGAAGACUCAGGAGUGAAGCGUCUCUGUGCUGUACUGGAGAAUCCUCACUGUAAACUGGAGAUACUGUGGUUGGAUGGUUGUGGUGUCUCAGAUGAAGGCUGUGCUGCUCUGAGUUCAGCUCUGAGAUCAAACCCCUCACACCUGAGAGAACUGGAUCUGAAUAAUAAUAAUCUGGGAGACUCAGGAGUGAAGCGUCUCUGUGCUGUACUGGAGAAUCCUCACUGUAAACUGGAGAUACUGGGGUUGGAUGGUUGUGGUGUCUCAGAUGAAGGCUGUGCUGCUCUGAGUUCAGCUCUGAGAUCAAACCCCUCACACCUGAGAGAACUGGAUCUGGAUAAUAAUAAUCUGGGAGACUCAGGAGUGAAGCGUCUCUGUGCUGUACUGGAGAAUCCUCACUGUAAACUGGAGAUACUGGGGUUGGAUGGUUGUGGUGUCUCAGAUGAAGGCUGUGCUGCUCUGAGUUCAGCUCUGAGAUCAAACCCCUCACACCUGAGAGAACUGGAUCUGUCUCAGAAUAAUCUGGGAGUCUCAGGAGUGAAGCGUCUCUGUGCUGUACUGGAGAAUCCUCACUGUAAACUGGAGAUACUGUGGUUCUGGGGUUGUGGUGUCUCAGAUGAAGGCUGUGCUGCUCUGAGUUCAGCUCUGAGAUCAAACCCCUCACACCUGAGACAACUGGAUCUGAAGAAUAAUAAUCUGGGAGACUCAGGAGUGAAGCGUCUCUGUGCUGUACUGGAGAAUCCUCACUGUAAACUGGAGACACUGGGGUUGUGUGAUUGUGGUGUCUCAGAUGAAGGCUGUGCUGCUCUGAGUUCAGCUCUGAGAUCAAACCCCUCACACCUGAGAGACCUGGAUCUGACUGGGAAUAAUUUCAGAGACUCAGGAGUGAAGCGUCUCUGUGCUGUACUGGAGAAUCCUCACUGUAAACUGGAGACACUGGGGUUGUGUGGUUGUGGUGUCUCAGAUGAAGGCUGUGCUGCUCUGAGUUCAGCUCUGAGAUCAAACCCCUCACACCUGAGAGAUCUGGAUCUGAGGAGGAAUAAAAUAGGAGACUCAGGAAAGAAGCUGCUCUCUGCUCUUAAGGAUGAUGAACAUUACAAACUACAGAAACUCAGAUUUUGAUGAACAUCUGUGUGUGUGAUGAAGACUCUGAUGGUGUUCCUGCAUUUCCAUGUUGGGGAACAGACAACACAUUCAUAAACAUGUCAGUCAUUUAGUUCUAACAAAUGAAAGAGACUCGGAGACGUGGUCAGUGUGUGUUCAUGGUGCACAGUGAAUCAGACUGCACACAAUUCUACACUGAAUGUGGAACAACUUGUGAGCUGCAUGAAACUGCCUGGACCUCAGUCCUUUAAAAACCCUGAAAGAGCAGGUGAAAAAGCACAGGGACUCGAGCUGAACCCAGUCAGUGGAAGAGGGAGCUGAAAUGGACAGGAACAAACAGUGAACCAAACAGUGGUGCAGUCUAAUUUUUUUUUUUUGAGCAAGCUUCUUCAAGCUUUGAAGAUGAUUUAAGGGCUAAAGUAGGUACAGGGGAGGCACACUCAGAGCCCCGACUGUCCCCGAGCACACCAGGCAGUGUCAGUAAUACAGGGGUCGGUUAAAAAAGAAAAAAGGCACCAAAGUGAAAGUGUUGCCAGCUUGCAAGCGACCUAAGGGAGCCAUGUUUUGGGUUACAGCCCCUGGGUAUUUUUGCCCUCAAAAAUAGUAAGCGAUUAAUAGAAAACAAAUGACUUGGCUGUCAUCUGGGAUUUUGAAUGUUGUAAUAUUGUAAUAUGUUCAAGGGUGUGUCUUUCUGGUUCUAAAGGAGAGAGAUGCUAGUGAGAAAUUAUAUAUUUUUAUUAAACUGAUGAUUCAUUUUACUAGUGACAUUAAGUCAGUUAAGAUGUGCCUCAGUUUCCUGAGACAUUGAGUGUUGAUGAUUAACUUAAUAAUGAGACAGAAACUGAAGUGAACUACAUAUAUUAAAAAAAAAAGCAGAGCCAAAAUCAGUAAUAAAGAUGUCAUAACCUGUGAAUGUGUGUAGGUGAUAAUAUUACUUUGGAAAGUUAGACAUUCCCAGACUCUUCUCAACUCUGUUCAAUUGUAAAUUAAGUUUUGUGUUGAAGUAAAGGCUAAAGGGAGUCCUAAUACCUCUUUAGAAUAAUUCCCUGCUAAAAUAACCUUCAGUAAGCUCAAACUAAAGAGGUUUAUUUUAGCUUGAUGGUGCCCAGGGGCCCAAAAUCAACUCUCUCUUUUUAGAGUCUGGAGUGGAGCGUAAAUUUUAUCUGUAAUGGAGAGGCCGAGCUGGAUCUGUACAAAUAUUUGAAUUGUGCCAGUUUGGUUGGUAUAAACCUGUAUUAAGUCCACUUUGAUAAAUCAGUAAUGAAGAAAAAAUACAGACUAAGAAAAAGUGAAGAAUAUUUUUCACUUUAUUUUUCAAGGAAAAAAGUGGAGAAUGUUUUUCAGAACCCAGGGGGAACCCUGUUUUUGUGCAGUUGCUGUUGCAAGAACGGUCACUUGUCAGAUGAAUAUAGGUUCAUAUAUUAUAACUUGUAUAGUGCAAUGCCAAAUGAAAAUAACUGUGAUAAAUUAAUUCAGAUAUUCUUUUUAACAAAUCUGAAAAAUCCUUUGAACUCUGAACCUCCUUAAUAUAAAGGGGAUAUCACAUGCUUUUUUUAUUUAUUUUUUAUUUAUUUGGUUGAUAUCAAAGUGGACUUAAUACAGGUUUAUAAGUCAGUAACUACGAAAAAAUACUAAGAAAAAAUUAAUAUUUUUCAGAACCCAGGGGGAACCCUGUUUAUUUGUUUUUGUACAAUUGCUGUUGCAAGAACUGUCACUCGUCAUCAGAUGAAUAUUGGUUCAUUUAUUAUAACUUGUAUAGUGCAAUGCCAAAUGAAAAUACUUUGAUAAAUUAAUUCAUAUAUAUUUUUUCAAAAUAUCUGAAAAAUCUUUUGAACUCUGAACCUCUUUAAUAUAAUAGGGAUAUCACAUGCUUUUUAUAUAUUGUGUAUGUAUGUAUGUAUUGGUCACGAAUGCUUAAAUGUUGGUUGAUUUUGUAAACAUCAAAAAAGUAUAUAAAAGUUUUGUAUUGUCAAAUUUCUUUUUGAUUCUGUUAUGGCAGUUCUGUUUUAGUAUUGAUUACCAUCACUUCAGACUCUAUUUUGCUGUUUACAGUAAAUUGGAAAUUCCUCCCCAAAUGCCUUGAAACUGUGUCUCUGAUAACCCCGGUUUUCCAUUUUUCUCGCCUGUGGUCCACAGUGAAGGGCUUCAGCGUUUUUAAUUGUACCCUCCUGUUCUCUGCCUCGUACCCUUUUAUUCCCCUAAACUUUGAGACCACUGAGGAUCUAAAAAGUAUAUUUACUUAAAGUGUCUUAAAAGUAUAUUUUCACCAAACUGUCCCAUAAGUGACAUUUCAGUUUGUUCUGAUAAUUAAAUUAAGAGGGAAAUAAAUGAUUGCCAUGAAUCAAAACU